UGUUGAUCGAGGCCGUUCCCAUUGAUCAUGUACAGGAUCAGAAUGUAAAUGUUGAAAUCGUGUAUUCAGGAAGAUCAGAAUGUAAAUGAAAUUUCCGUUCUUUUUUCGGACGCUCUGGAGGAGGCUCUUUUACUUCCCGAUAAUAUGUUUCAACAUUUAAUACCACCGUAUCUGUUACAGGCGACGACCGAAUAUCUUACGUGAUUGGUUGCGACGUUCUUGCAAGUCCAUUUUACAAGUUCGUCGUCGAUGUCGAAGUAAUAUUCUUUUCCACGACACGGACGGCAGUAUUGAUGGCACUAGUAGCAACAGGUCGUGUGCUUCGUCUCCUGUACUACACUAUUUUCUUUCAACUACAGCAUCAGUAAGGCAUAAAGAUAAACAACUUCACGUUUCAUCAUGACGAGUUUUGACGCGUGGACCCGUGUCUCCUGGCACGAAUUGAAGGCGGAGCUACUCGAGAAAGUUUGUCAUGCCGAUAGUACAAAACAAGGCCAACAUCAAACUUCUCCACCCCCGUUCGUCUUCGACGAAGCGAAAGCAAAGGAGGAAUACGAGAAGCUCCAGCAAGAAUUCGAAACGUUAAUCAACGAGGACGACGAGCAGAAAUGGCUUUCCAAAACCGCCCAAUCCGGAACCAUGCAGGAUCGAAUCGAAGCCUUGUCGGCGAAGGUACUUUUUGUUUUUAGCUCAUGUAUGAUGAUACAUGAUAGAAUUGGUGCGAAUUAUGCGUACUAUGAUAUGCGAUCUAGACCACCAACUUGUUGAUGUUCUACUCCAACUGCAUUUUGUGGGAGGAAGGAGAAGGUUCCUGAAGUGCAACGGUCUUGUAGCGAUUUAUUGUCGACGUAAAAAUAUUUGUAGCACAUGCAGCAUGAAUUGAGUUUAACAAGAUGCCGCGGAAUGAACGGAAUGAAAAUCCGAAUCUUCCUAUGCCAAAAUUUUCAAAUCAAAAACCACAAAGAUCCGCCUCUGUCCGCUGUUCGCCCUGCCGCAUUUGAAAUCCCUUGUCGGGCUUUGCAACAAGAAGGGCAAGCAGGAGGCUAUUUUCGCGAUGGACGCUUUGCUCCCACUAUUCGCCCACGAUGACGUGCUGCCUGGAGACCGAAAUUUGGAAUUCUGGCACGAAAUGGUCCGAAAGGUGGAGAAAACUUGUUCUAUGGUGCACCAGCGGGGUAGCACUGGAAAGACAAAGAAGGGGAAGGGCAAGGGAAAGCAACAAGGACAAGGCCAAGAAGAUGCGGAAGUCGAUGUAGAUUCCACAGCAAACGAUAAGAAAUUAUUAUCCAAGAAGCAACAGCAAAACAAGAAGAACGCCAAAAACUAUGCUGAACAACAAAAAGCGGCCCAGGAACACCUCGAAAUGCACAAUAAGCUCCAGAUCUUAUUCUAUUUCGAGGAAUCUCUGAAAAUCGCUUACACGGCGUUUCUCCAGGCGGUUAUCACGGGCACGCAGCAAACCUCGGAUAAGCAACACCUUCAUUUCAAGAAGAAGUGCUUGAAUCACCUGACCAACUGUUUGAUUCAGAAGCCGGAGCAGGAGCACCUGAUUCUGGAGAAACUGGUGAACAAGUUUGGUGACAAGUAUCCGGGAAAAAACACCCAUCCACAUCCAAUCUGUCAUGCAAAACAUACAUAAAAUCCCGCGCCAGUCAUGUGAAAAAUGGAUGGGGAUGGUUUUUUUUCUGUGGAUAGCAAGUCGGUCAACACCAGCCUCUUGCCGAUCUUGCUCCGCAACAUUCUGGAAAAGCAGCCGGAGAUGAAAUUGGUGCUGUUUCGGGAAGUGUACCGGUUUAUGAAGGCCAAAUGCCUGGAGCAGGAACAGGAAAAGGAAAAAAUCCGGCGGGAAAUGCUAGAAAGCAGGAAGAACAUGGCAAGUUCCGGUGGCCAAAAACAGAAUCCAGCAUCGAGGUCCUCCAAAAGGGCGAAAGUGCAGAAGCAAAAUCUCGUGCGGAAGCUGGCAACCAUGCAAACGGACAGUGACGGCGCAUGCUCGCUCUACGCCGCGACACUGUUUUUGACCGAGAUACGCCUAGAUUCGCGGUUUGAUCUGGAGAUGGCAUAUCCUGAGUAAAAACGUACCCACACCAGAGUCAGGAUGAGGAUUUUACAACACAAACCUAGGAGUUUUGUGAGUCACACAUGACAAGUUGCACUAUGCAGUGUAGUGCAGGUUAGCAAGUGCAGCCGCAUCACAGAUUCAUCUGCUCAUCCUGUUCACAGCAUCACAAAUUCCAAAACACGACUGGAAAUGGCUCUCAUGGGGAUGCGCAUUACAAGUCUUCCUGUCUUUGCAAAUCUGCAUUACAACUCUGGCGUGGGUACGUUUUUACUCAGGAUAUGGCACUGCAGCUGGUCAAUUGCUUUGUCGAAAUGUUGUCGACGCAACUAACAGGGACGACAAACAAGAAAAGUGGACGAAAUUUUUACACAACUGCUUCGUCAAGAAGCACCACGGGCGCUGCCUUUGGAGAGGAUCAGAGCACCACCACCGGUAACAAGCUGAACCCCAAUGCGCCAGCAUUUGGUGGUGGUGCCGCUGGCGCUGCCUCUUCUUCGAAGCUGGUUCGCUGCUUGCUGACGGGACUGAAAAGGUCUUUGCCGUACUUGUCGCCCGAGGUCGACUUAACCCUAUUCGACAGCAUGCUGGACACGCUGUUUCAGACCUGCCACUCGGAGCUCACCGGCUUCAAUUGCCGAGUCACGUUGCUUAUGCAGUGAAAGAGUAUCGUACUAGUAUAAAUUGCAUUACUAUCCAAGAAAAAAACGUUGUUAGUGUAAAUUUGUGAUGCGCAACAUGCAAGAUGAUUGCGUCUGUCAUGCUUGGCAUGCGUCGUGGGGUCCAUUAAAGGGCGUUUUCACGUACUAUCUGCGCAUGACAGGUUUUUGCUGUCAUGCCAGACAAAUUUGUAAUGCUGUUCCUCCAAAAAAGUUACACCUACAAUGUUUUUUUCUUGGAUAAUUACAAAUUGACUUAGCAUCACAAAGUAAAUUUGUAAUGCGGAUUUGCCUUAACAAGAAAAAGAUUUGUAAUGCAUAAACGCAAUUAGUACGUGUGCGAUACUUUUGCACGGGAUAUUGCUGAGUCUUUUGAAAAAAAUCAUCGUCAUGCGACUGAAGAGCAGCAGCACAGGAACUGCAUCAAGUGGGAAAAAUAAUUCUACUACUUCGACAGGACAAGAACCUCCGCAGCAAAAGGGAACAAGACACAAGAAGAAAAGCAAAGCAGCUACUAGUACCGAUAGCGACGCCAACGCGAAGAUCAUGAAUAAAGUAGAUGCUGACCACGAACUACAGGACGUCGAAUUGCAAAGGGAAAAGCUGUGGCCGCGCUACUACCGACUUCUUUACGAGCAGUUGCGGCAUUUCUGCAUUCUGCACACCAGCAACCAGAUGGAGCUACGGACGCUACUGGACACGGACGUUUGUGUAGGAUUUGGUGCAAGAAGUGCUGGUGCAACUUCUGCAACUACACCGAACGCAGCACAGGACUCAACUUCGACGAAAGCCUCUCUCCUCCGCCGGUACCUUCAGCUCGCCAUCCACCUCGGUCAGCCGGCCGCUGCGGUGCACGCGAAACAGCUGUUGGCGUCGAGUGCUUUUCUUGCGGAGUCAGCUUCAUGGUUUUCGUCGAAUGUUGGCGGUGUACCAAGAACAGCGGAUGCAGGUGGGCCAGCUGCUGCCAGAACAGAGUCUAAAUCGACAGGACGAGAAGCCGCUCCCGCAGGAGAAGAGGAAAAAACCGCCGCAGGCAAGGAAAACGAACAAGGCGAAGAAGACAAAGACACCACCUAUGACCUGCAGAAGCGGGAUCCUCGCUAUACCAACGCGGGAAAGACGAUGAGCGAAGCCGAAAUGAAAACCUGGUGGGAGCAGCACUUCUUCAGAAAACACGUAGACCCAGUCGUGGUCGUAUCAAAUGUAAAAAUGUCUGGGUCUGGAAGAAUGCAAGUUUGUCAUGCUAAUUUUGGAUUCUAGAAAAAUCUGUAUUGCAUGACCAGCAAGAGGAGCCCAGUUUCUGCUACGCGGGGAGGCCAUUUGUUAUGCGGAAUAGGCAUCAAGAAGCACUCAGAAAAUCUGUGAUGCCAGGGAAUACAUCACAGACGUCACGGGCCAGGUAAAAUCUGCAUGACAAGUUCGCAUUCUUCCAGACCCAGACAUUUUUACACUUGAUAGGUCGGUGGACACGAUAAAACGACCAAGCGAAAGGACCACUACACGACGAACUCUGUGAUGCAAGAGUUCCUAGAGACCGCUUGCUCGGAUCGCAAAUUCCUCGACUACGUUGCCGGUGUGAUUCUGGAGGAGGAAAAGAAAGAUAAAACGUCUGGUAAAAAUAUCAAUUGCAAAAAUGUCUGGGCGUGGAACAUUGGAACUUGUGAUGCUAACUUUGAACCCUAAAAAAAUCUGUAUUGCAUGACCAGCAAGAGGAGUCCAGUUUGUGCUAUGCGGGCAGGGCAUUUGUCACGCGGAGUAGGCAUCAGGAAGCCCUCUAAAAAUCUGCGAUGCUACGUCGUGCAUUACAGGCGUCCUGGGUCAAACAAAAUAUGCAUGACAAACCCGGCAACAUUCCAGACCCAGACACUUUUGCUUUUGAUAAAAAAUUCUGCUGGCACGCAAAAGAUGAACAAAAGUGUACUGCAAAUCUCCGAAGCGGCCAACCACAAAUUUUUGGCGCACAAGUUUUUGAAGAAACUGAGUGCGAAGGAGAUUUCACAGGCUGCUGCAAAGAAACGAGACGAUGGCGAUGAUGAUGAUUAUGGAUGUGUCAGGUUUGAAAUCGUCAAAGUUGAAAUAGUUUGCCAUGCAUAAAACGGAUACCAGUUAGACCUACAGUUUGUAGUCGGUGCAUGACAAACUUUCCCGGUCCUGGAAGCGAGUCUGUCAUGCGGUUUAGGGAAAAAUAGCUGCCUUCUGUCAUGCUAGUUAGCAGUCCAACUUUUGACCCUUACCAGGACUAUAAUCUGCCCCCCGUGGGUCCUUUGCAAUAGAGUCACUUUUUGUCUCGCAUUUUAUGCAUUACAAAUUAUUUCAACUUUGACGAUUUCAAACCUGACGCUUCCAUAAUGAUUACGACGAAGACGAGGCCGACAAAUUUUUCGACGAAUACCUGGAGAAACAGAUGCCGCCAGACGAAGACGAGGAUGAAGAUCCCUUUUCCGACUUCUCUGCCGACGAGGCUGGAUCGGACAUGGAAUGUUCUGCAUCAGAGGAUGGCGGGGAUAGAGUUGUCGAUGAGGCUGCUGAUAGCGAUGGCGAGGCUGAUGCUGAGGCGGGUGAUGCGGAAAUUAUAGAUUCUGGUGACCACAGCGAAGGAGAUGAUGAAGAUGAUGAUGAUGAAGAACGAGAAGAUUCGGCUGCAGACGUCGGAGCAGCAGGCGGUGAGGACACGUCUGAAAGGAUGAUGCUCGGAGCUGGAUCUACUUCCGACGAGGGUUUUUCCGACACCGACCUGGAUUUUGACAUGGGCGAGGACGAAGAGGACGACGGCAAUAUGAAAUCAACGAAGAAAAGCAAAAAUGCAAAGAAGAAGAACAAAAGCAAAGCAGCCGACACUUCUACUCUCUCGAAUAAAGAAGAAGUCUCGAAAAGGAAAGCGAAGAAGCGGCAGCGGGAGGAGAUAUCAACUGUAAAAAUGUCUGGGUCUGGAAGAAUCCAACUUGUCAUGCUGAUUUUGGAUUGUAAGAAAAUCUGUAUUGCAUGAGUAGCAAAGGGACUGUAAUUUUUGCUACGCGGAGAGGGCAUUUGUCAUGCGGGAUAGGCAUCGCGAGGCCCUCAAAAAAUAAAAAUCUGUGAUGCUAGGGCAUGCAUCACAGACACCAUGGCCCACGCCCAGGCAAAACGUGCAUGACAAGUCUCAGAAUCUUCCAGACCCAGACACUUUUACAUUUGAUAGGAGAGAGAGUUGGAAAAAUUGGAUCCGGAAAUUCGGGAAAAGGUGAAGAAAGCCCGGAAGUUAGUGAAGAGCUUGGGAAGCAGCUCUGGCGUCAGCGCUUUUGCCAGUGCAGAGGACUUUGAGGAGUUUCUGGAUGUUUAGAAGCGGUGGAAUUUUAUUUAGUUGUGCUCAUCUAGAAGUACCAACGUCGUCGCGCGCGAAUAAUGAUGAAGCACCAAAAUCAAAAUGAGCACUCUUCUGAUUCUGACAUGCAUUGAUUUAACGUCUUUAACAAUACGGG